UAUUGUUCUGAUCUGGUUAGAAUUCAUUUAUAAAGAGACUAUAUGCAAAAGUCUUUAGCUCUAAAUCAUUAAUAAUGUCAGAUUCUGGUUUUGAAAAGCUUUUUUGUUUCAGGAUAGCAUACAUUCAAUCGUGUGUCAUUUCCAAGAAAAUUAUGGUGAAAAAAUCUCAAACUUGUUGUUAAAAACAUUUCUAUUGAUGUAACCCAAGCUUGCGAUAUUCUGAAACACUGUUCAUUUGACAACACCCUCAGUACUUGUGUUUAACGCUUCCAUUGAAACGAGUGAACUGGGUGUUGUUCUGAAUCUCCAGCACACAAUAGGUCAUAAUAAAGAGUGUUGAAUCAGAUACGCGUGACACUGAGGGACUUCAUCUUUGUCAGGUACUAGGUCAGUAUCUGUUAUACUGUGGGGUAGAUGUACAGUUUGUUGUUUGUCGGACAACAGCAGGCCAGCAGAAGCUCUGGACACGGAUAGGGUGUCAGUAUAAAAGGAGAGAAGUACUGAAAUCAGCAGUUGGAGGUCAUUCAAACUUGGGAGGUGAGGAAUUAUCACUGGUGAGUCUUCACAUAUUUUAUUUCCUUUUUCCUCCUCGACUGUCUCAUGUCAAAAAGGCAUUAGAAUGUCUCGUAAGUCAUUGACUUGUGAAAAAAAAAGCCUAAGUGGCAUUAUAUUGUGAUCAGAUAUUUUUUUCUGCACUCUUGAACUGUAUCGGGUUGCUAUUGUACAGUUUUGAAGGAUGCAAGACGACAUACAGACUUCAGCAUUGAUAGACUCUUUUUCAUUUAUUACAGGCUUUCGUAAUAUUUCGGACACUUAUUUUCUUACAGUGCUGACAGAAUGGCUCAGUUAUUGUGGGUAUUUCUUGUGCUUGCUGCAACAUUCAAAGAUACAUUGCCACAAAGGAUCAUUGGGGGUCAAGAGGUCGUGCCUUACUCUAUCAAAUACCAGGCAUCUCUUCAGGUUGACAUGAAGCAUUACUGUGGAGGAACCCUCAUUCAUCCUCAGUGGGUGUUGACUGCUGCCCACUGCUGGAGACCGGCCAGUGUGAUUAAGGUGGUGCUGAGUGAGCACAAUCUUGCUGUAGACGAGGGAUUUGAGCAAGUGCUUGAUGUCUCCAGAAUCUACAGCCAUUUUGCCUACAAUCCAAAAUCUUUUAACAAUGACAUCAUGCUCCUUAAGCUCAGGGUUCCAGCUCAGAUUAACGCUUAUGUUCAACCGGCCACACUGCCAACUGUAGACACGCCUGAGUUACUUGGAGGAACGAGCUGCACUGUGAGCGGAUGGGGAGUGACACGAAUAUACAGUUUCUAUCUGUCACCGAUUCUGCGUGCAGUGGAUGUGUCAAUCAUGAGCAACUGCCAAUACUACUACUACUACAGAGUCAACGACAACAUGAUAUGUGCAGGAUCUCGCUUCGGGGGAAAAGACGCCUGCCAGGGCGAUUCAGGUGGUCCUCUCAUUUGUGAUGGGACUUUAGAAGGCAUUGUGUCUUGGGGAAUUGGCUGUGCUCUUCCGUACUAUCCUGGUGUCUACACAAAAGUGAGAAACUACAGCCGCUGGAUCGACCAGAUCAUCAGCUCUGCAGCUGAAACAUAGGUUCAACUGAAUGUGGGAGGCCUUUCCUUCAGUCAGAAUUAAGGAAAAUGUGUAAUCUGGAAAUAAAUAAAACAAGUACUGAUGCUUUCACAUUAUUGUAUCCAGAGUCUCGAUAAUUAUAGAUUAAAAUGCAUAUUUUGGACUCUAAAAUC